ACCCCCCCGUCCCGUUCUGUUCCGUUCCGUUCCGUUCCGUUCCGUUCCGUCCCGGCGCCGUUCGGAGCGGAGCGGAGCGCCCCACGGACCCCCCCGCGGCGGCGGCGUCUGCGGCCAUGUCCCACAAUGGCGGAGGGAGCGGAGCUGGAGCACAUGGUGAUGAGCUUUAGGGUGUCGGAGCUGCAGGUCCUGCUGGCGUUCUCCGGACGCAAUCGGAGCGGCCGUAAGCACGAACUGCUGGCCAAAGCCCUGCAGCUGCUGCGCUCCGGCUGCAGCGCGGCCGUGCAGAUGAAGAUCGCUGAGCUGUACCGGCGCCGCUUCCCGCGGAGGGCGCUCAGCCCCUCCGAGCUCCCCGUGCUGCACGGCCCCGUGGGGCCGCUCCCCCCCCUGCCCGCCCCGUGCCGGCUGCCCUACGAGCCCGGUGCCGGGGGGCCGCUGCUGGUGCUGGAAAGCAGGCGUGAGGCCGAGGGCGCUCAGCUGGCGCCGCCCGUCCAACCGGUGCACCCCGACGUGAAGAUGCAGCGGUUGCCCUUCUACGACGUCUACGAUGAGCUCAUCAAGCCCACCACGCUCGCCUCAGCCAGCAGCCAGCGCUUCGAGGAAGCUCACUUCACCUUCGCGCUGACCCCGCAGCAGGUGCAGCAGAUCCUCAGCUCCCGGGAUGCAGUGCUGGGCGCGCGCUGCGAUCACGCCGUGCAGGUGCAGCUGCGCUUCUGCCUGUGUGAGACGAGCUGCCCGCAGGAGGACCACUUCCCCCCCAAUCUGUUUGUCAAAGUCAAUGGGAAGCUCUGCCCUCUGCCCGGUUAUCUGCCCCCCACAAAGAACGGCGUGGAGCCCAAGCGGCCGAGCCGCCCCGUCAACAUCACCCCGCUGGCGCUGCUGUCCGCCGCGCUGCCCAACACCAUCGUGGUCAACUGGUCUGCGGAGUGCGGCAGGAACUACUCGCUGUCGGUGUAUCUGGUGAAGCAGCUGACGGCGGUGGCGCUGCUGCAGAAGCUGAGGGCCAAAGGAAUCCGCAACCCCGACCACUCGCGAGCACUGAUCAAAGAGAAGCUGACAGCGGAUCCCGACAGUGAGGUUGCCACCACCAGCCUGCGGGUGUCCCUCAUGUGCCCCCUGGGGAAGAUGCGGCUGGCGGUGCCGUGCCGGGCCACCACCUGCAGCCACCUGCAGUGCUUCGACGCGGCGCUGUACCUGCAGAUGAACGAGAAGAAACCCACCUGGAUGUGCCCCGUGUGCGACCGCGGGGCGCCCUACGACCGCCUCAUCAUCGACGGGUUGUUCAUGGAAAUCCUCAACUCCUGCACAGACUGCGAUGAGAUCGAGUUCAUGGAGGACGGCUCCUGGUGUCCCAUGCGGCACAGGAAGGAGAAGCGGGAGCUGUGCGGGGCCGCCGACCUCGCCCCUUCCCUUUACGCCGGCAGCCCCGAGGCCGCCCCCCCGCCCCCCCCCGAGGUGGAGGUGAUCGAUCUGACCUUGGACAGCUCCUCUGAUGAGGAGGGGCCGCCCCCCAGGAAGCACUGCGGGACCCCCGGAGCGGCCCACCCCACAGCCGGACCCAGGGGAGCGCUCAGUGCUGCCCCACGGCCGUCCUCCGUGCUGCGCUGCCCCACAGCAGCGCUGUGCUCUGAGUUCCCCCCCACCAUCCCCGACUUCACCCCAUCCUACACCGCAGCCCCGGAGCUGAGAGGCCUGGAUUUGCUCUCCUUCCUCCAGGAUGACUCCCAGCGCUGCGGCCGCUCCGUCAUCACCUCCCUGCGGGCCGCGGACCCUCUGGGCCGUUUCCUCCCCCCCGCGGGGGGCGCCGCACUGCGGGACGGCCGCCGGGUGGGCAGCGCUGCGCCCCCCCCCCGCAGAUCCAACGUCAUCUCCUUGGACUGACCCUAUGGGGGGGCGGGGGGGGAAUGGGGUCGGUGCCCCACAGCCCCGCGCAGCGCAGCGCCGUCUUUGGGGUCCCCCCGCCCUCAGGUCGAGGUUUUGUUUCCCAUCUAUGGGGGCGGUAAUGGGGUCUGCGGGGCUCCCCCUUUUUGUGGGUCGGGGGGUCCGUUUCGUGUUCUUUGGGGUCUGUGCCUCACAUCCGCCCCCACCCCACACGUGGGGGGCGCAGGGCUGGGGGUCCCCCCGCCCUCAGGCCGAGGUUUGAGGUUGGCGUUUCUCAUUCUUUGGGGUCUGAGCCCACAUCCCCCAUCCCCCCCCAAAUCCCAUCCAUGGGGGGCGCGGGGUUGGGGGUCCCCCCCCCCCCUCGGGUCGAGGUUUGAGGUUGGCGUUUCUCAUUCUUCGAGGUCAGUAUUGGGGUCGGUGUUGGGGUCUGAGCCCCACAUCCCCCCCCAUCCCACCCACGGGGAGCGCAGGGCUGGGGGUCCCCCCGCCCUCAGCUUUGGGUUCAGAUCCCCCUUUAUGGGGCCGCUCUGCCCCCACACCGCCUUUUAGAGACCCCAUUUCCCCCUUUUGCAUCUCUUCUGUACAGAGAACCAACAGAGCUCUAUUU